AUGAGGAUAAUAAGCAAAAUUAAACUCCACAAAUUUUAUACAAUUAUCUUGAUAUGUGUAAGUUUCCUCUUUAUUUUAAACAAAAAUGAAGGAAUUAAAAUUCCACAAGAUGCAAAAUCUAUUUCUGUAUUUAAUACAAAUUGGAAAAUGAAAAGGGGAAAUCAUGGUUCUAUUCAAUGUAACAUUGCAUUAUUUCCUUGUAAAAAAAAAAAAACAUUUUUUAUAGAAUUAAAAAAUUACAAAUUAAUUUGUCCUAAAAAGGUUAAUAUAAGAUAUAGUGAAAAAAUAAAACCAAAAUUAAAUGCAAAAUCAAAAAAUAAUAAUGCAUCUGAAAUGGAAAUUUAUCCAAAUCAAUAUGAUGUUGCAAUAUUAGGAUGCGGGGUUGGUGGUCAUGCAGCUGCUAUUAAUGCAAUUGAAAGAAAUUUAAAAGUUAUUAUAUUUGCAGGAAGUGAAGAAUCAUUAGGGGGAACUUGUGUUAAUGUUGGUUGUAUACCAAGUAAAUCCUUACUCUAUGCAACAAAUAAAUAUAGAGAAUUAAAAAAUAUGAGUAAAUUAUGCAACUAUGGAAUAUAUAGUAAUGCUUAUAUAGAUAAAGAAAAGGAUGAAAUAAAAAGCACACAAUUAGUAGCUGAUAGUAUAUGCAUGAAUAUAAAUAAAUUAAAAGAAUAUACACAAAAUGUUAUUAAAAAAUUAAAAAGUGGAAUAAUACAUGGUAUGAAAAAUACAAAAUUUAUUCAAAACCCUCAAUCAGUCCAAGUAGUUUAUGAUCAUGGUUAUAUUAUUGAUAAAAAUACUAUACAAAGUAAAAAAAAUAAACAAAUAUAUAAAACAAAAAAUAUUAUAUUAGCAACUGGAUCAGUUCCAAAUGUUCCACAAAAUAUUAAUGCUGAUCAGAAAACUGUAUUUACUAGUGAUCAAGCAGUAAAUUUACAAGGUUUAAAAAAUUAUAUUUCUAUAAUUGGUAUGGGGAUAAUAGGAUUAGAGUUUUCAGAUAUAUAUACAGCAUUAGGAUCUGAAAUUACAUUUUUUGAAUAUUCUUCUCAAUUUCUUCCUUUUGUUGAUUCUGAUGUUGCUAAAUAUUUUGAAAAUGUUUUUUUAAAAACAAAACCGAUUAAUUAUUUUCUCAAUACAGAGAUCAAAUAUGUUCACCCAGCUUCGAACGGAAAACCUGUUGUUAUUGGUUAUUCUUCACACACAAAAACAAAUUAUGAUUCAGAAACAUCUACUAUUCAAAUUAAUGAAGAACAUGUUAAGGAACUUCAUGUGGAUAGUUGUCUAGUUGCUACUGGUAGAAAACCAAAUACUGAAAACAUUGGUCUUGAAAAUUUAAACGCUAAAAUGAACAAAGGCUUUGUUUUAGUAGAUGAUCAAUUACGGGUUCAAAUAGAACCCAUUCAGAAGACAGACCAAAGAAAUGCUGAUACAAAUGAACAAAAUCAAUCAACUGAUACCCAAGUACAUGAUAACAUAUUUUGCAUUGGAGAUGCAAACGGUAAACAGAUGCUGGCCCACACAGCUUCCCAUCAAGCAUUAAGAGUAAUUGAUUAUAUAGAAAAAAAAGAAAAAAAAAAAAAAGAGGAAAUUAUAAAUUCAGUCGAAAAUAUAUUAAAUAAACCUAUAAUAUAUAAAAACAUACCAUCUGUUUGUUAUACUAAUCCAGAGUUAGCAUUUGUUGGAAUUUCUGAAAAAGAUGCAAACAAAUUGUAUCCUAAUUCCAUAGAUGUAGAAAUAACUUAUUAUAAAUCAAAUUCAAAAAUACUAUGCGAAAAUAAUAUAUCGUUAAAUACUAAUAAAAAUAAUCCAUAUAACAAAGGUUCAUAUAAUUUUAAUGACAAUAGUAAUGGUAUGGUUAAAAUGGUUUAUAAUAAAUAUACAAAACAAUUACUUGGUGUUUUUAUAGUUGGUAAUUAUGCUUCUAUUUUAAUACAUGAAGCUGUUUUAGCUAUCAAUCAUAAUUUAACUAUUUAUGAUUUGGCAUAUAUGGUACAUUCUCAUCCGACUGUUACCGAAGUUUUAGAUACAACUUUCAAAUCAGCUUCAGGAAUCAGAACACAUUAG